AUGGCUGAGGCCGGCAAGCUCCAGCUGUUCGUCAAGGCCAGCGAGGACGGCGAGAGCGUGGGCCACUGCCCCUCCUGCCAGAGGCUCUUCAUGAUCCUGCUUCUCAAGGGCGUGCCCUUCACACUCACCACUGUGGACACCCGCAGGUCCCCGGAGGUGCUGAAGGACUUCGCCCCAGGCUCCCAGCUGCCCAUCCUGCUCUGCGACGGCGACGCCAAAACCGACACGCUGCAGAUCGAGGAGUUUCUGGAGGAGACGUUGGGGCCCCCAGAAUUCCCCAGCUUGGCGCCCAGAUACAGGGAGUCUGCCGCAGCGGGCAACGACGUCUUUCACAGGUUCUCCGCCUUCAUCAAGAACCCGGUGCCCGCACAGGACGACGCUCUGUACCAGCAGCUGCUGCGCGCCCUCGCCAAGCUGGACAACUACCUGCGCGCGCCCCUGGAGCACGAGCUGGGGCGCGAGCCGCAGCUGCGCGAGUCCCGCCGCCGCUUUCUGGACGGCGAUCAGCUCACGCUGGCCGACUGCGGCCUGCUGCCCAAGCUGCACGUCGUGAACACGGUGUGCGCGCACUUCCGCCAAGCUCCCAUCCCCGCUGAGCUGCGCGGCGUCCGCCGCUACCUGGACUGCGCCCUGCAAGAGAAGGAGUUCAAGUACACGUGUCCCCACAGCGCCGAGAUCCUGGCGGCGUACCGGCCCGUCGUGCGCCCCCGCUAG